UUCAUUAUGUUGCGAAAACAAAGUCCUUCAAAAGAGCGGUUAUUCAGUUUGAAGCCGUGAGAUGGCAUCGUCUGUCAGAGAUUAUGAGGAGGACAAGAAAAAAAUUGAAGAAUUCCUGCGAUUCUUCAGCCAACCUGAUGAAUGUGGGGAUAAGUAUUUUGUUUAUAGCGAGCAGCUGACGCUAAUCGCUAAUCGGGAACAAUCAGUACUUUACGUUUCUUUGGAUGACAUAUCUGAGUACGCACCGGAACUCGCUGAAGCCAUAGAAUUCAACGCUGUCCGGUAUCAAAAGCUUUUUGCGGAGACUAUUGAUCAGUUGUUACCAGAUUUUCGUACAGUUGAUCUUGAGCCACAAGAUGUCCUAGACAUAUUUAUUGACCAUCGAAUGCGAAUGGAUGAGCGCAUAGUUGCUGUCGAUGCCCUUACAGCUCCCCGUGGUCCUACACGCCAGCCGGAAGCCGUGAAUGCGUCAAACGUACGAUCUCGCUUUCCACCUGAGCUACUUCGACGUCAUGAGGUUUAUUUUUGCGGCAGAUCGGAGAAGAAGCCAAUCAGUGUUCGGAAUGUAUUGGCUUCAAGUAUUGGAAAUCUUAUUCAAGUACGAGGUGUCGUGACGCGUGCAACUGAAGUUAAACCGCUUAUAACAACAGCCACAUACACCUGUGAUCAUUGUGGAGCGGAAACGUAUCAGGAAAUAAACAAUCCCACGUUCAUGCCUCUUACUAUUUGUGGGACUGCAGCAUGUAAAAAUGCUGGAUCUGGCGGUGGUGGUCGACUGCAUAUGCAAACCCGAGGAUCUAAAUUCUUGAAGUUCCAAGAGAUUCGUAUUCAAGAAUUAUCUGAUCAAGUACCUGUUGGUCAUAUACCUCGUGGUUUGACCGUUUAUCUCCGUGGUGAAAAUACUCGAGCAGCUCAACCUGGUGACCACGUUCUCAUUACGGGUGUUUUCUUGCCAAGUCUACGUGGUGCAAGUUUUUCUGGUGGUGGGAGAUCAAACCAGGCUUCUGUCUCAAUAAACGCUGCUUCUGGAGGUCUACUGACUGACACCUACCUAGAAGCACAUAGUGUUCAGUUGUUAAGCAAGACAGACGACGUAUCAGAUGCAAACGAACCAAGUGAAGAAGAAGUGGAUCGCUUACGCGAUCUCGAUUUUUACUCUCUGAUGGCACAAUCGCUUGCCCCGGAAAUAUAUGGUCAUGAAGAUGUUAAGAAAGCCUUGCUUCUACUGUUGGUUGGCGGAGUAGAGUUAGCACCAAAAGAAGGACUUCGUAUUAGAGGGAAUUUAAACAUAUGUUUAAUGGGGGAUCCGGGAGUCGCAAAGUCUCAGUUGCUAGGUUUUGUCGAUCGCCUCAGCCCAAGGUCGCAAUAUACAACAGGUCGUGGUAGUUCUGGUGUCGGUUUGACAGCUUCAGUCAUGAAGGAUCCCCUAACAGGUGAGAUGACUCUGGAAGGUGGAGCUUUAGUAUUGGCCGAUCAAGGUGUAUGUUGUAUUGACGAAUUCGAUAAAAUGACUGAAUUUGACCGCACUUCUAUACACGAAGUUAUGGAACAACAAACUAUUAGCAUUGCAAAAGCUGGUAUACUCACAACAUUGAAUGCACGAGUUGCUAUCCUGGCAGCUGCUAAUCCAGCAUAUGGACGCUACAACCCUAACAGAACUGUGGAGCAGAAUGUAGAUCUACCUGCAGCUCUGCUUUCACGUUUUGACUUGUUGUGGUUAAUACAAGAUAAACCCGAACGGGAGCAUGAUCUUCGGUUGGCACAACACAUCACUCAUGUACAUAUGCAUGGAUGUGCCCCAUCGAUAGUAGAUUCGCAAGCGGAUUCUAAUUUAUUUCCACAGCAGCUGCUGUCACUCGUUGAGCUGAGACGUCUAAUUGCAGUUGCUAAAGCUCAACCCCCUCCAGCUGUUCCUGCAUAUUUAGCAGACUAUCUGGUUGGUGCGUACGUAGAAAUGCGCAAAGAAGCACGUGCAAACAAAGAAAUGACCUAUACUAGUGCUAGGACUCUAUUGGCAAUAAUGAGAUUGUCCACAGCCCGUGCUCGACUCCGCGCGGCAUCAGAAGUCAGUAAAGGUGAUAUUGAUGAGGCGAUGCGUCUUAUGGAAGCUAGUCGUUCAUCAAUACUCACUUCACCUUACGAAGAUGCCAGUCGGUCAGGCCGCCCCCAAUCUUACAAAGAUGUUAUUUACAACAUUGUCCGUGAAUUAACUGCAGCAGGCGAUGGUACAGCUCGAAUAGCCGAUAUCAUAGAACGUUGCGCAACUAAGGGAUAUACACCAACUCAGCUUAACGAGGUUAUCGAAGCCUACGAAAAUCUAAAUGUGUGGCAAGUCAAUGUUGGCCGAACAAGGAUCACUACAGUUGCCUAAAUAAAAAUAAAUAGAUGUAUAAAUAUGUGAUUAUUUUAUGUUGUCAUUUCAGAAUGUGUAAAUGUUGUCGGUUUUAUGUACGACUUUGACGAAAAUUGAACUUUUAUAAAAAUACACAUGUGUAUAUCCUC